AUGUUGCCUGUCGCGUCGCCUCUUGCCGUCCCCUCCGCCAUUCACCCAUCCUUAGCCGCCUGCGUAGCCCGGAAUCGCGCGAGCGUCCCUCCAAAGCCCGCUACCCGCCGCGCCCCUUCUUCAAGGCUCCUCUCCAUCCGCGCAUUGCCCGCGCUCCUUCAAUGCUCCUCUCCACCCGUACAUCGCCCGCGCCGCCAUGACUUCGCCCGCGCCGUGACUUCGCCCGCGCCACCAACAAACUUGCGCGCCUCCGACAGACUUCGCUUGCAGCUCGUCAGCCGCGGUGUACCCAGCCCCAGCCGUGCGAGACGUACUCAGCCCGACCCUACCCUCAGCCGAGAGAGGCGUACCCAGCCUCAGCCGUGCGAGGCGUACCCAGCCCAGCCGUGCGAGGCGUACGCAGCUCAGCCGUGCGAGGUCGCAGCCCUCCCAGGCUUGCGAGACGAAGCCAGAUGCCCACCGCCCACCGCCUCUCGCACGAAGCCGCCGCUCUUCAACACGCGCGACCGCCGCUCUCCGAGCGCGUCGUGCGAGAUGUCCAACCGCCCCCUUCGUGCGAGACGCCCAACCGCCGCUCUCCGAAGGCGUCGUCCGCGACGCCCCACCGCCACUCGAGGCCAGACGCCCCACUGCCGCUCUCCGAGCGCGUCGUGCGAGAUGACCCACUACCGCUCGCCGAGCGCGUCGUGCGAGAUGCCCCGCCGCCACUCACCGGCCAUGCCGUGCCCCGACUACAGCAGUAUGGACUGCACCAUCGCUCGCUACACGAGGUAUGCUCGCCGCUCCUCGAAGAGGUGUAGAUCGCCGUCGUUCAACGAGGUGUAUUCCGCCGCUCGUUUGAGGAGCCGCUCCACCCUGUCGCUCGAUGAGGUGUAUCCUGCGGAGGGUCGACGAGGUUUAUCUCGCCGAUGCUCAACGAGGCGCUCCUCCGCUCGCUCAAGGAGGUGUAACUCGCCUCAACGAGCUGUUCCACCACUCUUCGCAUCUCGAGCUGUAACUCGUCCCCUCUCCGUCCUCCCUUUCCUCCUCUACUUCCUUUCCUUCCCCUCUUCCCGUCCCCGUUCCCAUCCCAUCCCCAUCCAUCCUUCUCCCUCCUCCCCUGCUCACGUCCUUCUCUUCCGUUCCAUUUCAUUUCCCGUUUCCCUCUCGCCUCUGUUUUCUCUCCGACCUCACCACUGCUCCUUCACCAAACUCGCCACCACUCUCUCCGAACUCACAACCGCGCUCUCCUCGAACUCUCCACCCGUCGCCCAUGGCCAUCUCAUCGAACCCUUACCAGCCCUCGAGUCUCGGUGUUCAUUAAUGCGGGACAUGGCGGCUCGUGUGAUAGGACAUGGUGUUCCUGGUACGAGGUACGGUGGCUCCCGAUACAGAAUCCGGCAGCGUGUUACUCGAGGGUUGGGGGGCGAGCUUCGGGGGAGUUGGGAGAGUUGGGACGUGAUGCUGAAGAGUCAUCACGGCGGGCGGUGGAGCGCCUCGCCAAGCGAGCGGCGAGAUGCAGCUCGUUGAGCUAGCGGCGGGAUACACCUCGCUAGCUACGGCGAGGGGAGGAGGAUGACGAGAUGGGCAGGGUGGAGGGACGGCGCGAGGAGGUCAGAGGAAAGGAGGAAUGAGGUAAGAAGAAUGAGUAGCGGUCGCGCCCUUCCGUUCGUCCUGCAAUCCGCAUCCAUUCUGGUAUGAUGCUGCGUCCUCCGCACACAUAGCCCGGCAAGUUUGUCACAGACGAUCGACGUCGUUUGCCGUCAUGACCCGGCGUUCCUCUGGAGCGUCGCUUGAUCUGCAGAGCACGGCGAUGAUCGUGCUCCCCGCCUUC